AGGAACGUUUGUUUCCAUACUGAGUUUCUGCUCGGUCAGAAGUUCUGCGAACACGCCACGGUCACAUUGGAUUUACUGACUGAAGUCAGUGAUAAUAUAAGAUACGUGUGACGCAAUAAAAUGCAGUUAUGUACUCCAAGAAAUUAGCACGAUUAGCUUUUGGGCUGCUAGCAGAAUCUACGUUUAAAUGCCCGUUAACCCGAAGCGUGUCCUCAGUGCGGACUCUGUGCAGCUGGACGGUGUGUCUGCAUCACAGACAGAAGAAUCCGCUGUCAGAAGGUUUCUCCCGCAGACUGACCCGUCUAAAUGUCCGCACGGUAUCCCAGACUACUCUCGACCCCGCCGAAGUGCGGAAGUUUCAGGCCAUGGCGAGCAAGUGGUGGGACUUACAGGGAGAGUUUGCUGCCCUGCACUCCAUGAAUGACCUGAGAGUGCCUUUCAUACGGGAUAAUUUGUUGAAUGUGCAUGGCAUCCUGCAAUUGGGCAAACCUCUGGCUGGACUGAGAAUUCUGGAUGUUGGCUGUGGUGGAGGCGUGCUGAGUGAGCCACUAGGGAGGUUAGGAGCAGACGUCCGGGGAAUCGACCCAGUGGAGGACAGUGUGCGGACCGCAGAGCUGCACUCCUCCUAUGAUCCAGAUUUAUGGGAGAGAGUUCGCUAUCAGGCCUGCACCCUGGAAGAGCUUGCCGAAGAGGAAUUAGAGGGAUUUCAUGCUGUAGUGGCAUCUGAGGUGGUGGAACAUCUGGCUGACCUGGACGCCUUUGCCAGCUGUUGCCAGCAGGUGUUGAAGCCUGGUGGCUCUCUUUUCAUCACCACUAUUAACAAAACCAACUUGUCCUACGUUUUCGGGAUUGUGGCAGCAGAGCAGCUGUUAAGGAUUGUUCCGAGUGGCACUCAUGACUGGGAGAAGUUCAUAAGCCCAGAGGAUCUGGAACGACUUCUGGAGUCUUUUGGUUUCUACGUGGAGGCGAUCAGAGGCAUGAUGUACAAUCCUCUCACAGGAGCGUGGAGCUGGCAGCAGAGCACGGCCAUCAACUAUGCAUUGCAUGCAAUUAAACGCAAAGAAGAACCCCAGCCCGGACAGGUCUGGGCUGAGAGUGAGAAUCUGGAUGAACCAGGUCGAGCUACAAAUUACAGUUGAGCUAUUAUAAUAUUGAAACUCCACCUGAUUCAGAACAGAGAAAAAACACACUCAAUAUCUCAAUACAUGUUGCAUAGUGAAGACUUGCUGAACCAGUAAUAAUCAUUCUUUGCAUUGUAUUCCUUAAUAAAACUUUUUUUUUCGGAGGCAUGAUACAUAGGACAUAUUUUGUAAAGUUCUUGUUAAUUUGAGAAGCACUUUUGAUCCACUCAGCAUGCCGCAGCCACAUGCCACUUCAAAGAUUAAUUUACUUGCAUGUUUUGUGGUGUUGGUUGGUUCAUGUCAGAGGUCAAACAGACAAAGAGAAUUAUAUAAUGAUUUUUGACUUGGCGCUUAAGACGUUGUAAGUAUUUAAUAAAAUAAAAACAAUUGUGUC